AUGCCUGAGGGGGGAAAAUCCAAGAACAAGAACAAGGCUCGCCAACCCGACGCCGCCGAUGUGAAUACUUCGGAUGAUAAUAGGAGUGGUCUAUCGGGAGCGAAUGACGUACAGCCAGACACGACGGACAGUCACACGCCCGAGGAGACUACAAAUGGGAAAGAGAUUGAUGCCAAUUCGACUGACCAUGGACACGCCGAUAUUGAAUCCGACGAUUCCAGAGCAAAGUCGCCGAUUUUGGAAGCUCUCCGAUCCAAGGACCGCUUUGACGCCCUUGUAAGAGACCGAGAUUCGUUGCGCGCCGAGGUGACCGAUAUGCGGAAGUCCUUGGAAGAGAUACAAUCGAAGCACCGUACAGAUAUGCAGGCUUUACAGAGCAAACUGGAUGAUGCCGAGAGUAAAAAGGAGCACGCGGAGUCUCAGUACCGUGGCUUACUCGAAAGGGUGAAUACCAUUAAAGCGCAGCUUGGCGAGCGUCUCAAGGAAGAUGCUGAGGAGAUUUCCCAGGCGAGGUCGAGGAUAGAGGAAUUGGAGGAACAGAAUUCAAGCACGAAAGAAGAAUAUGAGGCUAAGAUCUCGGAGCUGUCGGAGGAAAACCAGCGCAUGGCUAAAGAGCUUUCGGAACUACGCGAACGAACGAACCUCUCGCAACAAAACUGGCUUAGGGAAAAAGAUGACCUUUUAGAGCAGGAGUCGUACCUCCAGUCUGAAUUCGAGCAAGCAAAGGAGGCUAUGCAUAAUUGGGAAGUGCUCGCCAUGGAGGAACGUUCGAUCAGAGAGAAUCUUGGGGAAAAGGUUAUAGACCUAGAGGAACAGUUGACUACUCUGAAGGACGCGUAUGAAAGAACUUCUGCUGAGCGAGAUUCUCAAGCAGCGGCUGUGGAUGGGUUACAGCGCGCUCUUCAAGAAAUCCAGGCCGCACGAAAACAAGAGCUUCGUGAACUAGUCGAAAGCUCUGAUGCUCAGCUCGAGGGACUAAAGCAGUCACUUAAUGAGGCCAAAUCGAAAGAGUCAGAGGCAAUGAAGUCUCUACAAGACCUCCAACAAGAGCUUGAGAGGGUCCGGCCAUUCGAAAAAGAAGUCAGGGAGAAGAACCUCCUGAUCGGCAAACUCCGACACGAAGCUGUCACUCUGAAUGACCACUUGACAAAAGCGCUGCGGUUCCUCAAGAAGGGGAAGCCCGAAGAUAAUGUUGACCGGCAUAUUGUCACAAAUCAUUUACUCCACUUCCUGGCGCUUGACCGGUCGGAUCCAAAAAAGUUUCAGAUUCUACAACUCAUCGCGGCGUUGUUGGGGUGGUCAGAUGAACAGCGUGAGCAGGCAGGGUUGGCUCGUCCAGGAGCGUCUGGAGCCUCGGCUAGGCUCCGGGUUCCUGGCUCACCCAUGCAUCGUACGCCUAGUACGCCAAGUUUAGCGACUGAAUUUCGGGAUAAUGGGGCAGCAAGCAAGGAAUCACUUGCAGAAUUGUGGUCCAAUUUUCUCGAACAAGAAUCACAAGCCUCUUCCCAUGAUAAUAGUCCAUUGACGAAGUGAAGCUGGAGAUAUACAGCAACUCCUACCAUGUCCCUUCAACGAACUUAGACAACAUCAUAAUAUAACAACACCCAUAGCUCCC